GUGCCAGUCAGACCCGGAGCCUAUACUAGACCUGUCGGGCUGUGAGUUGAAUGCCAUUACCGUUGAAAUGCAGACAACGAUCAAAAUCUACGCCAAAACUGACUGCCGUUUCGACGAGAAUCGCAUUCAAGACUUUGCGGUCGAUUCUGUGCAACACAUGAGCCGUGUCUGCGCUCUACACCUGUCCUACAAUCGGAUCCAUACCAUCGGUCACCACAUCUCGCAACUCAUUCAUCUUAAAGAGCUGUACUUAAGCCACAACCAGUUGUCAUCGUUGCCGGACUCUAUGGGCCGACUGCCGGCGCUUAAGAUACUGGCCAUUCGUGACAAUCAAUUCACGGCAUUCCCCGAUGCGGUCACCCGCUGUCCGGCCCUCACGUGCCUCGAUAUGGCCGACAAUCUGGUGACCGCUCUUCCGGCCUCUCUAUUGAGACUACGGCUCCUGAAGUCACUUCAAUUGGAGGGCAAUCCCAUUGAGUCGCCGGCGCCUGAUGUUUGCCGCCAGGGUUUGGACGCCAUUGUCGACCAUUUGCAACGAAUGUAUGGCAACGAAGAUUGUGGUAACGGCUGUAAUAAUAACGGAUCAGAUGGCAAUGAAUGUCGAGGACUAGUGUCGGACAGUGGCGAUGAAAAGGAUCCGAUUUUG